CACGGUUUGUUUGUUUGUGUAAUGAACGCAUGCCACUGAAUAUUAUAGAUGCAACUCGGCAGGGCUUUUCUGUUCCUGGCCUCAGUGGUACGCACGUUGUUCCUGGCGCGUCACAAUCGAUUUGUCAACAGCAUAAUCGAGCACAUCGCAGGCGUCACACUUUUUACUCACUAAAACAGACCGAUGUACUACAGGGAACAUCGCCGAGGGAAGACGGCAGCGACGCGUUACUUCAUGUUACAGCAAGAGCUGAACCCACAACCACAACGCUGCACGUGCUUAGUCCACAACAUUUCUUAGAAUAGAGAAGAGACGAAUCUGUCCUUCAAAGACGUUUCUAUUGAUCAGCCAUAUCCAUCACCUUUGACUUGGUUUGGAUAUUUUCUCCACGCGUCUUUGUCUCUUUGCUAUAAUUACAUUUCCAGAGCCGUAUUCUUCACGUCGUCGGGCCCCAGCGAGCUUCGUCAAUCAGGUCCCGUUGAAGUUAAAGGUCCCGAACGUUUGCUCAGGAUGACGGUCGAUUCCUUCACUUCGUCAUUACGCGGUGAUAUUUAAAUACAGCCGCUGGCUGUGUGAGCCUUCGAGUCAGUGUUUUCAUAUUGAUCGGCAUGAAUCCUGUUUCCAUAGAUAACGCCGAUCACGCUCUGGUCUUAAGAAACCCUCGUGCAUGAUUUCAUGCUUGCGUUUUGCUGGCUGUAAGCACAGCGAUUGCUGUUCUCCUUGUAGUUUAAUAACCGCGUGUAGCUGCUCCACAGCGACGUACUGUGAGGGACCAAAGUGGGGGUUCGACGUCAGUUCCUCUUUCUUUUCCCCCCCAACAUGGAGUUUAUCUACGCGUGCUUCAUGCUUUGGGCUUUUUGUGAGGUCACUCGGUGCCAUUCGCACGCCGACGGAUGGAUUUCAUGAUAAAUAUGUGCCGUGUAGUGUUGCCAGUCUCUGUGGAAGAGUAUCAAGUAGGGCAGCUGUUCUCUGUGGCCGAGGCCAGCAAGAACGAGACGGGGGGAGGAGAGGGCAUCGAGGUGCUGAAGAACGAACCUUACGAGAAGGAUGGCGAGAAGGGACAGUACACGCAUAAAAUCUACCACCUAAAGAGUAAAGUCCCAGGUUAUGUGAAGAUGAUUGCACCAGAGGGAGCGUUAGUUUUUCACGAAAAGGCUUGGAACGCCUACCCGUACUGUCGCACCAUUGUGACGAAUGAGUACAUGAAGGACGACUUCAUGAUAAAGAUCGAGACGUGGCACAAACCCGACAUGGGAACAAUAGAGAACGUCCACGACCUGGACGAGCAGACGUGGAGGACCGUGGAGGUGUCUCCCAUCGACAUCGCCAACAGAGACGAAGUCACCCACGGGGACUAUAAGCCAGAAGAAGACCCGGCCCUGUUCCACUCCGCCAAGACGGGCAGAGGGCCCCUCGGGCCCGACUGGAAGAACGAGCUGAAGACCGACUGUCCCUACAUGUGUGCGUACAAACUGGUCACGGUCAAGUUCAGGUGGUGGGGUCUGCAGACCAAAGUGGAGAACUUCAUCCACACGCAAGAAAGGCGCAUUUUCACCAACUUCCACCGCCAGCUGUUCUGCUGGAUGGACAGGUGGGUGGGUCUCACCAUGGAGGACAUCAGGCGGAUGGAGGAGGAGACCCAAAAAGAGCUGGAAGAGCUGCGUAAUACAGGUCCGAUUCGAGGCACCAGUGCUGCUCAUGAGCAAUGAGGCAAAUCAACCAAACCCCGUCACGAUGAUGUCAUCAGAGACCACGAUGAGGAGGGGCCCCCGGCGUUGCGUCUCCUCCCCGUCUCACAUGAUUCAUUGGGGGGUUUGAUGAUGAAGAUUGGUUAACAGUACUGUACAGAUUCUACCCCGAUCACAAGCCUCCUGGUCACUACAGAAAACACAUGGUUUUGCAUAUAGAUAUAAAAAUGUAAUGUAAAAAAAGAAGCCCCCCCCCCCCCCCCUCUUUG